CGAACGUUUAGCCAAUUCAAGACCGUGCACCUCAGCAAACAUGGCCGCAAGCAACACCGAAGCCGAAGCCGAUGCCCUGGUUAUAUCGACCAACCCCGAGCACCCCGCUAACCUCAUCCCGGAGCUCUGCAGGUUGUUUUGGACGUUGGGCUGGGUUACAGGGACAGGAGGAGGCAUCACGAUAAAAGAGGGCGAAACCAUCUACAUUGCCCCAUCGGGAGUCCAGAAGGAGCGCAUGGAGCCUCAUCACCUCUAUGUCCUCACCCUAUCCCUUCCCCGCCGCGUCCUCCGCUCCCCACCGCCAUCUCUAGGGUUCAAACCAUCACAAUGCACACCUCUAUUUGCAAAUGCAUAUGAUAUGCGUGGGGCAGGAGCAUGCAUCCACACGCACUCCCAGAACGCCGUCAUGGCAACGUUGCUGUAUCCCGGGAAGGAGUUUGUGAUAACACAUCAGGAGAUGAUUAAGGGGAUCAGGAGGGGGAGCUCGAAGGAGUCGUUUAGGUAUUUUGAUCGGCUGGUGGUGCCUAUUGUAGAGAAUACGGCGCAGGAGGAGGAUUUGAAGGAUCGGAUGGCUAAGGCGAUUGCGGACUAUCCUGAAACAAAUGCCGUUUUGGUGAGGAGGCAUGGCGUCUAUGUCUGGGGAGAGAACUGGCAAAAGGCCAAAUCCAUGACCGAAUGCUACGACUACCUGUUUGAGAUUGCUGUGAAGAUGAAGAGCGUAGGGCUGGACCCAACCCAAGUCCCAGAUGAUAGCGAAUACCGUGACGUUUGCCAGCAGCAUUAGAUCUUAGAUUGUAGAAUUCUCGCCUGAGGUCGAAAACAGCGUAGCAACCGAAACAUACGAAGUCAUAUACGGCCUCGGUACGCCGCGCUUUGUCGCAGUCCUUCAAAAACGGGUAUUAUGGCGCUCAUAUCACAAUCGCUCUUGAAAGCUCCAUUCGACUACGCUUUCCGCUGAUCAACAGAGCCAGCCAGCUCGUAUUACAGUUCAUGAACCAAUGUUCUUAUUCAAAUGCAGU